ACACGGUAUACUUCCUCCGACAACCGAGGGCGCACCGGGUAUUCCGUGGACUGGAGCAGCAGAGUAGUAACGCCCACCUCCCCAAAGGAGAAUUCAAUGGAAAUCGGCCCCAGCCUCUGCAUGAAUUCACGUGUCCCUGCCAUACAAUUGCCGUUUAAUUACACCAUCAUCGGCAGCAACCCCAGCUGCUGCUGCUGCUGCAUAGGAUUCUAGGGACCGAGAUACCCUCCUCUUCAUAUGUAACCCUCCCCACCACAAUACAUUUCAAACUUAUCACCUCUCUUCCAACCCCACUCGCGCGGAUUCUGCUGCUUCCCGCACGCGCCUUCCCUUGCUGCGGAAGAGAGAGAAUGGCGAUCGAUGAUUUGAAUCUGGACGACGAGCUGUUGUCCCCUUCCUUCAACGCUGACUUCACCCCCUGCUGAAAGAGCGUGAUGGGUUCUCAUUUCUUUGCCCUAACAGGACAAAAUCCUUGAUAAAUGAACAUGAGAGAGAGAGAGAGAGAGAGAGAGAGAGCUUUCUUUGUAGUUUUUUCUUGGUAUCACUUUGCCAAUUUACAGUGAGCAGAGUUGGGGAGAGAGAGAGAGAGAGAGAGAGAGAGAGAGAGAGAGAGUUCAUACACAAGAUGUUUGAUGGAGUGCCGGACCAGUUUCACCAGUUCAUAGCCUCCUCGAGAGCUUCAUCACUCUCUCUCCCUCUAUCUUUCCCGCUGCCACACGCCUCUUUACCCCAAUCACCACCGCCGCCUCCUCCUCCUCCUCUCGCUUCUCUGAGUUUCCCCGCCUUUGAUCUCUACCCUCCUCACCACCUCCACCAUCUGCAACACCCGCCGCCUCCCCAUUUCCUGCAACCGCUGCACCAACCGCCUCCAACCCAGAAAGACAUCGCCCCCGGAGAGAUAGGUGGCGAGAACAACUUGGUCCCUGUGAAUUUGGGCGGCGUCCAUCAGAGAGACAGAUCCGAAUUAGCAGAAGCAGCCACCGUCGAUGAUGAUCGCCAGUGGACUGGCGAUGAAGUGCUUGCGCUGUUCAGAAUCAGAUCUAGCAUGGAGAAUUGGUUCCCUGAAUUCACUUGGGAACAUGUGUCCAGGAAGCUUGCAGAGCUUGGCUUCAGGAGGAGUGCUGAGGAGUGCAAGGCAAAAUUUGAAGAAGAAAGCAUCAGAUCAUACACGCCCACUAGCGCUAGUUAUCCCAAGAACGACAGGUUGCUGAGUGAGCUUGAAGAGCUGUGCAACAGCAAUCAUGGAGAUCACCAGAACAAUCCUCAACUGCUUGCAGCUGACAAGAGUACUGAGGAUAAGGUGAGAAAGCUCGGAGUAGGAGAAGAAGAAGAAGAAGACAAGAUGACUUGUCAGAUGAUUCAGGACUUCGAUGGCGCCAACUCAAGAAACGAAUUGCUUGCGACCGUGAAUAAUGCACCAGAGGAAAAUUACAAAAAGGCAGCAACAGACGAUGAGGACCACAUCAACAGAUCAUCCUCCAAGGGCAAAAAGAGGAAGAGGUCACAGGAGGAGAGGCUGGAGAAGUACGAGCUGUUCAAGGGCUUAUGCGAGAGUGUUGUGCGGAGGUUGAUGGCUCAGCAGGAGGAGAUGCACAACAAGCUGCUGGAGGACAUGGUGAGGAGGGAGAAGGAGAUGGUGGAGAGAGAGGAGUCGUGGAAGAGGCAGGAGAUGGAGAGGAUGAACAAGGAGCUCGACGCUAGGGCUCACGAGCAGACCGUUGCAGGUAACAGACAGGCCACCAUCAUCGAGUUCCUCAAGAAGUUCACUUCCUUCGAUGGCGACGAUGAUCAGAACCCGCAUUUGCUAUCAAACUCGUCGAGUCCAUGCUCCUUGGCGGAGCCCAACUCCUCAAACCCUAAUGACAAUUCCAGCACUUCCCAUAUGGGCACGAACAAACCAAGCCAUGUUGCUGAAGUUCCCACUUCGUCUUCUCUGGAAAACCACAAUCGUUCCACUUGUUCUUCCUCCUUCCAAAGCACACCCACCAAGCAAGACCCAAGCUCAGCUUUAGCAACAAUGGCGCAAGCUGAACCCAGGUCCAACCCGCCAACUUUGACCAACAUUACUCCACAAAACCCUAAUCCUCUCAACACCCAUCAAAAGACCAACCACGGGUCACACAGCUCGGCCUCAAAUGCGGCCAAAGAUCAGGACCUUGGGAAGAGAUGGCCAAGAGAUGAAGUCCAGGCACUGAUAAACCUUCGGUGCAGUCUCUAUGGUGCUACCAGUAACGAAGAUCACAAAUUGGAAGGAUCAAAUAACAGCAGCAGCAACAAAGCUCCACUGUGGGAGAGGAUCUCACAGAAGAUGUUGGAGCUGGGCUACGAGAGGAGCGCCAAGAGGUGCAAAGAGAAGUGGGAGAACAUAAACAAGUACUUCAGGAAAACCAAAGACAACGACAAGAAGAGGUCCCUCGACUCAAGGACGUGCCCUUACUUCCACCAACUGAGCCACUUGUACAGCCAAGGAAAACUCGCCGCCCGCGCGGCCACGCCGCCUGCCGACCAGCCCUUGCCAGAGACCCACACUCACGACGAUUCAUCCGCCGCGCAAUCUGGUGGGGGUAACGACAAGGGCGUUGCCAAUCAGGUAGCUCCAGCUGCUAAUUUUGAGUUUUGAGUUCUGCAAAGGAGAGUUUUUUUUUUCUUUUUCUUUUCUUUCUUUCUAUGUUUUGCAUGUUUUUGGUGUGCAAUCAUGAUGAUAAUAAUAAUCAUAAAGUGGUAGGCUAGCUGGCCUUUUUUUCUCUAAGAUUGAGCACUCUUUUUGUUAUGUUCUUUCCUUUGUGUCUAUUUCAUAUGGAUGAUUUCCUCGUCCGAGCACAAUGUCAGUAUAAAGUUGUAGCAUGUGCACCGACAAGUUUAAGAAAUUAAGGUUUUCCAGUAGUCAUUCUAGAGUCA